CAAAAUGUCAAAUUAUAAUAACAAGGGCUUAGGCUAGUUAGGUUAUGUUAGGAACAGAAAGUUUUUGUUUUUGCUAUUUUUAGUUAUUAUUCUAAUUAAUUAACAUACCUAUAUCAAAAUAAUAUCGCAAAGAUUAAGAUGAAUCUUCUCAGGAAAGGGUUUUCGAUGUUAUCUACAGGAAUCAAAGCACAAUGCACGCAAUUUUCGGCGCUGCCCAGUGCCGUAGCAACAGCACAUGUCAGUGCGCAGCCUAGCCUGCUAGCACGUGCUAUGGCGUCUCUCGCGCAGAUGCACCGCUCAGGCCCACACAUCAAGGAGAAGAAGACCCGCAACCCGCUCAAUGGCAACCCAUUUGCUAAGGGCGUAGUCCUAAAAACCGUUAUAAAGAAGCCAAAGAAACCCAACUCAGCCAACCGCAAGUGUGUACUGGUGAGGUUGUCCAACGGCAAGGAGAUGGUGGCAUAUAUCCCCGGCAUCGGACACAACCUUCAGGAGCACAACAUCGUACUGGUGCGAGUCGGAAGAGUAAAGGAUUGCCCUGGAGUGAAACUAAAAUGCGUGCGUGGCAAGUACGACCUACCUCACGUAGUCAAACAGAAAGUGUAACAUAGUAAUGUAUGUACUUAGAUAAUUAGAAUAAAUGUUACGUUAUAGAAUA